AUGAAAAAAUUAAACCUUUUUAUCGGAUGUAUAUCCUUGUACACUUUUUUUUUUUGUUAUAUUGCAAAAAUUUCCUGCACAGUUCAGGUGAAAAAUGGUGGAAUUGAAAAUUUGGCUAGUUCAAGUGGACUUUUAAAAAAUGUGUUGAAGCAUUCGCCAAGAAUAAGUGAAGAAGAAAUAAAAGAGAGUGAAAUAAAAAUAAUAAAGAAUGCUCAUGAGGAGGAAAAGAAAAUAUUGGAUAAGUAUGGAGAAUGUUUAAAGGAUUAUACAUUGCCUUGUCCUAAAUAUUGGAAGAGUAGAAGAGAUAAGUAUGGAAAGAGUGUUUGUAUAGCUCCUUCAGAAUAUAAUGGUUUUUGUGAGCAAGUUCAGGCAUUUGAUGACUUUAGUGAGCAUGAGAAGAUGUCAUAUGAAUCUAGUUGUAAUGUAGAUUGGGGAUGUAAAGGUUCAUCUAAAGAAAUAUGUGAAAGUGGAAAAAGAGAUUAUAAUGAUCCAUGUCCUGAAGGAUUUAUUGUACAAGAUGAUAAUAGUUGUAAAGCUGAUAUAAGUGUGUAUCAAGGAAUGUGUAAUAAUGAGAGUAUAAAUUUCACUCACCUGACAAGUUCAGAAAAAGAAAAUUGGAGUAUUGCAUGCGAAGCUUAUUGGCCUUGUUAUACAGAAUGUAUAUCUGAAGAGUAUAUAUCUGAUUGUCCUAAAAAUUGGAAACAAGUAAAUGAAUAUGAUUGUAUACCUGAUAAUAAUUAUAAAGGACCAUGUAGAAAUAUAAAAAAUUUUAAAUAUUUUACUUUGUCUAUGAAAAAAGAUUUUGAAGAGAAAUGUAAGACCAAGUUUGAGUGUAAUAAUAUUUGUGAAAAAAAUUAUGAACAAGAAUGUCCAUUAAAUUGGAAAGUUCAAAAUGGUUAUUGUUUAGCUCCGAAUACAUUUGAUUUAUGUAAAAGAAAAAAAAUAUCCAUUGAAAAUAUGACAAGAAAAGAAAAAGAAAAUAUUGAAAAAGAAUGUUUUGUAUCUUGGCCUUGUAUAAAUAAUAAAAAAAAUACAAACAAAUCAUAUUGUCAAAUAAAUUGGCAACCUGAAUGUCCUUUAGGAUGGAUUAAAAAGGAGGAUAAACAAAAUCAAAAGAAAGAUGAAUAUGUUUGUAUAUUAUCAAAUGAGAAACAAUUAUAUUAUACAGAUGAAAAUAAGUUUAAUUCAUUAAAUAAAGAAAAAUGUACAAAUAUUUUUUUAAAAAAAAAUUCUGAUGAAGUUACAAAAAGGGAAAUAGCAUCUGUUUGUAACACCCCUUGGCCAUGUUUAAAUAAUGAGAAGAUUUAUAUUUCUCAUGAUGUUGUGCAUGAAAAAAAAGAAAAAAAAAAAAAUUUAAAUGGGCCUCUUACAAAUGAGGGGCAAAUAUAUAAAAAUGGGAAGUAUCAAAUAGUGGAGAAUGAAAGAAAUUCUUCUUUAUCUGACAUUAUGAAGUAG